AAAACACCAUACACAGGCCACACCGGUUCUGUCGAAGACAUCCAAUGGUCAUUCACAGAGCCCACCGUUUUCAUCUCAGUUUCCACUGACCACAGCAUUCGGGUGUGGGACACUCGGAGUCCACCGAGUUCCGGAAGUAUGCUUGCCGUUCCGGAAGCCCACCCGACGGACAUCAAUGUGCUCUCAUGGAACCGAUUGCAAUCGGUGAACUUACUCACUGGAGGCGACGAUGGCAGCCUUCGAAUUUGGGACCUGCGUGCUGUGAACAGACAAUUUGCCGCCAAUCAACAGUCCAAUGCGAUCCCAGCGUAUACACACAUUUAUGAAUUCCACACCCAACCGAUCACUUCGGUGGAAUGGCAUCCAACGGAUGCCGGUGUGUUUGUCGCCACGUCCGAGGAUGACCAAGUCACCAUCUGGGACAAUACUCUGGAGCAGGCUGACCAAACUGAAUCCACUCCAACCGUGGUCGACGACGAGGCAUCAAACAUUCCCAUCCAGUUGCUUUUCAUACAUUGUGGACAGACCGAGAUUAAAGAGGCUCAUUGGCACCCACAGAUCCCAGGGCUAUUGCUGGUCACAUCUUUGGAUGGAUUUAACGUGUUCCGAACGUGCAAUGUGUAG